GCUGUCCAGGGGACGGGACUGGCAUUUAUAGUCUAUUCUGAAGCGAUCAAAAACAUGGAGGUGCCCCAGCUGUACUCCGUGCUCUACUUCGCCAUGCUGCUGAUGCUGGGCAUCGGCAGCAUGCUGGGAAACACCGCCGCGAUCCUCACGCCGCUGACCGACAGCAAGGUCAUUGCCGCCCGUUUCCCCAAAGAGGUGAUCUCGGGUGCCGUGUGUUUCAUUAACUGUGUCAUUGGCCUAAUCUUCACCAUGGAGGCUGGAAAUUACUGGUUUGACAUAUUCAACGACUACGCGGCCACCCUCUCGCUGCUGCUCAUCGUGCUGGUAGAAACCAUUGCUGUGUGUUACAUCUACGGGAUAAGGAGAUUUGAGAAAGAUCUUUACACCAUGAUUGGACGCAAGCCCAACUGGUACUGGAAAAUUAUGUGGGCUUUUGCUAGUCCUUUGCUAAUUAUAAGCCUACUUAUAUUUUACCUCACGGACUAUAUCCUCACAGGAACGCUGCAAUACCAAGCAUGGGAUGCCACACAGGGGCAGCUGGUGACAAAGGAUUACCCAGGCUAUGCCCUCGCCGUCAUCGGGCUGCUGGUGGCCACAUCCACCACGUGCAUCCCCCUGGGAGCACUACUGACUUUUGUACGGAAGAGACUAAAAAGUUUCAACCGUUGCGUGAACACCAACAGCUGGAUUUGGGAAGACCUUACCUGCCUCGUCAGUGACCGGGCACUUCUGGAAGACAGCAGCAACCAUUAUUUGUAG